CUCCCACAUGCGAUUCAAAGCGAGCAUUGACAUUGUCGACAAUGUCAUCAAGUUGCAGCGCAUCGUCGCCACGCUGGCCAAAAUCUCACACAAGUGCGUGAUACGAUUCACGCCAACGCAACUCCACUUUGUGCUGCAGAGCGAUGUGACCGACCGAGCAGCACGCGUCUGGUCGGACAUCACACAGACAUCCAUCUUUAAAACAUACAGAAUCCAAAGCACACAUCAGAACAAUGAAAUUCUGGUCGACAUUUCGCUCGAUUUGCUGCAACGCGCGCUGAAAACGGCCAACAACGCCGACACGGUGACCAUGCGCAUGAUCCGCAAGGAGGAAACUCCAUUCCUGGUUCUCGAUGUCGUGCUGCGCCCUCAAAACACUCGACCCGGACAAAACAGUCGACCCCGCCUGCUCUGCCAGCAGAUUCCCAUGCUGAUUUUGCACCAUUCCUUGAUUGACGACUACCAAGAGCCCGUCUUACCGCGUCCCGAGGUGUCCAUCUACAUGCCGUCGCUCAAGCUGCUGCGCAACGUUGUCGAGCGCAUGAAGACGAUCAGCAGCCACCUCGACAUUGCGGCCAACAAUGACAAGACGUUUUGGCUUCGAGUGGACUCGGACAUGCUGGAAAUCCGUGCCUCCUUUCCCAACUUGCAGAAUCCCGAGUGGCGAGAUGGCCUGCAGCCAGAGCAAGAAGCAACAGACCCCAAACAAUUCACCGUCGCUCGUGUCGCAAUCAAGCAUUUCGCUCAGUUCCUUCAUGGCCACCAAGUUGGGGCAUCCAAUGUGAUUUGCAGUAUCGUCGAAGGCAAAGCUGUGAUUCUCUUCCUGAUUGACGACGGUGUGGCCUUGACCUAUCGGCUGCCCAUCAUUCCCUGCUAAAUCCCCAAUGUCGUCAUGUCUUGCCUUCAUGUUAAUAAUAUGUACAGUCGAUCUUGAUCUAUUGUGAUCUCGAGUUCAACCUCGACAUUCAUCAUUUCAACUAUUCGACUCAUCCCUGGUGUC